CUUUCCCUCCCCCUCCCCUUCCUCUUCAACUUCCUCUAUUCCAUUCUCUCUUUCUUUCUAUUUUUCUCUUCCCCUUGUUUCUCCUUUUCUAUUUUUGCCCCCCUCCCUCCCUCCCUCUCCUUUAUCAAUUACUAAACUAAUUUAUCAGCCUGGCUUCUGGGGGUUUAUUUGUGAAAUUACUAAAACAUAGGGAUUGGGCGUGGAAAUUUUUGGAAGGGGUUUUUAUUUUUAUAUUUUGCUAUUAUUUUUAUUAUUUGCUGACGUGGCAUGCAUUGUGGGGGAGUAGUAGUAGUAGGUUUAGGUUAAGAAGAGAGAAGAAGAUUUGAAGGAUGAUGAAUAGUAAUACCACCAAAACGAUGCGUUUACCUCCUCGUAGAUUAAUGACGUCACCUAGGCCCAACAACAAGAGGAAAGAAAGAGAGGGCCUUGAUUAUGAUGAUGAUGAUGAUGAGGCCCACCAACUGCCAUUGACGGCUAAAGUACCCAAGCCGACGCCGACGCCGCAUUCCAAGCAGCUCCUUGCCGGCUACUUGGCUCACGAGUUCCUCACUAAAGGAACGCUCUUCGGUCAGACUUGGGAUAAUCCAGAUCCGGCUGCUAAUGCUAACGCUAACGCUAUGGCUUCUUCCUCUUCUUCCUUUUCUUCCUUUUCUUCUUCUCCUCCACUCACUACAGAGCCUCAAGAGAAGCGCCAAGCCGAAGCCCAAUUACACCACCCAAAGAAGAAUUACCAAUCCUACGUGGAGGUGGCUAAUUUGUUGAAACACAAUGGGCCCCACCUUGAAGGUAUUGUAAAUCCCACCCAGCUAGCUCGCUUCCUUAACCUAUGAUGAUGAUGAUGAUGAUGAUUUUCUUCCUUUAAUUAAAAAAAUAUAGUAUUGAAAGGAAAAAUAA